UUAAAAAUGGUUAAUGACGUUGAUAAACAUUCGGUACACACGUUAGUGUUCCGAUCUUUGAAAAGAACCCACGAUGCUUUUCUCAAAAAUAAAAGACUUUUACCUCCAGUGGAUCCAAAGUCAUAUGAAAGCAUUAAACGCAUUAAAGCUAGAAGUCAAUACGGUGAUAUUGUUUCCAAAGUGAAAACUCAACUUCCGGUAGCUAAAAACCCUGAAAAUAAUAAUGAAGAACCACUUCCACCAGGUGACGACUCAUACGGGGACAUGCAAAAUACUUCAGCUUUGGUACCAGCGAAUUCAUCAGGACCAUUAGUUGUACCUGCGACAAAAUCAUCAAACGCAGUCGCAAUUCCCAGGAGACAAGCACCAAUUUCUCUGAAACCCAAGUGGCAUGCACCUUGGAAAUUAUACCGUGUAAUCAGUGGACAUCUUGGAUGGGUGAGAUGUUGUGCCGUGGAACCAGAAAACCGUUGGUUUGCAACUGGUGCAGGUGACAGAAUCAUAAAAAUUUGGGAUCUGGCCAAGGGCAGUCUGAUGGUUUCAUUGACUGGACACAUCAGUACAGUACGAGGUCUAGCGUUUUCUCAACGGCACCCGUACUUAUUUUCAUGCGGUGAAGAUAAGCAAGUGAAAUGCUGGGAUCUGGAGACUAACAAAGUGAUCAGACAUUACCAUGGUCAUCUCUCAGCAGUCUACAGCAUGGCACUUCAUCCGACGCUUGAUAUUUUGACAACAGCAGGUCGAGAUUCCACUGCCAGAGUUUGGGAUAUGAGGACCAAAGCUAAUGUUCAUACUUUAGUUGGACAUACUAAUACAGUAGCCAGUGUAGUUAGUCAAGCUGCUGAACCCCAGAUCAUCACUGGCAGCCACGAUUCUACCAUUAGGUUGUGGGACUUAGCUGCUGGUAAAUCCAUGGCUACUCUGACUCACCACAAAAAAAGUGUUCGUGCGCUUUGUUUGCAUCCUAAUAAAUACAUGUUUGCAUCCGGAGCUCCAGACAACAUUAAAACUUGGAAGUGUCCAGAGGGAAAAUUCAUCCAAAAUCUAUCGGGACACAAUGCCAUAAUCAAUUGCUUAGCGGUCAAUGCUGACGGUGUAAUGGUCUCUGGUGCCGAUUGUGGAUCUAUGAACUUGUGGGAUUUCCAAACGGGGUACAAUUUCCAACGCUUGAAUCCACCAGUGCAACCAGGUUCUAUGGAUAGUGAAGCUGGGCUUUUCAGUGCCACUUUUGACAUGUCUGGCUCGAGAUUGAUAAUGACUGGAGCGGACAAAACUAUAAAGCUGUUCAAGGAGUGUGAGGAAGCUACUGAAGAGAGCCAUCCUGUUAACUGGAAGCCAGAGAUAAUAAGAAGAAGAAAGUUUUAA